CUUGGACUCAGUCCAAAGGCUGCACCCAAGGACCUAGAAGGCCAUGUGGCCUCGAGGCUGCAGGUUCCCCACCCCGGCAUAGAGGUUUCAGGCUGCUAGAUGUGGGCAGCCCUUCCUGCUUGAACCCCCCAAGACUGGUUCUGGUCUUGCCGGGGGAACGACUGCCUGCCUUGGCACCACGUUGCCGUGGCUAGCCCUGUGUAGGAUGGCCAGGCUGGGAGGUUACUCCUCCUCCUCCCCCCCGCCACCCCAGCUCGACCCGGAUCCUAAGAGCUUCCUGAGUACUCCCUGAGUAACCUGGACACUCCCCAUGGCCAACCAGGUGGCAUCCUAGGCGGUGGUGUGCAGAAUGGGACACUGAGUCAAAGGGAUCCUCUCCUCAUAAACUCCUGUGGCUGCCCAGUGAUGUUAGGGUCAGGUAUCAAAACUGCAGUUUGUCCUUUCUAAAAAAUAAGUUUCUAUUGAUGCCUUUUGUUUUCUACGUCAUAAUGUCCCCCGGUAUCCCUCUCUUCCCCUCCCAGAGAGUAAAUAAUAUUUUUUUAAGACAAAAAAGAGGAAGAGAAAUGAGCACCACUGAUCAAUACAUUGAAAAAGUCUAAAAAAAAAUACAGUAUGCAGUGUGUGUGGGCCUCCAUCCUCCUGUGCCUCUUUUUUCUUCUUUCUCUUGAACUACGCUUAUUCUUUAUCACUUGGUGGGGGGGGUCCUUUCCACUUACAUUGUUGUAAUCAUUGUGUAACAAUAGUUUUCUUCACUCUGCAUUCAUCACAUUCAUCAUUCAUUUCAUCCUUUUAAAAUUUGUUUGUGUUAGGUUUUAUGACAGUUAUUAGUAUGGUAGCAAGCGUAUAGAAUUUAUGAAUAAGCACAUAUGCAUAUAUUGAGGAUGAGCUUAAAAGUUUGUUCCUGAUAGGGAUGAGCCAGGAUCAAAUAAGUCUGGAGACCAUCCGUUGUAUUAGUGAGCAAUCAGGGCAUAGUGGAUGGACAGCUGGCCUCAGAGACAACUCUCAACAACUAUGGCGGCUGUUCACUGGCCUGCUUCAUGCCAUCCAGGAUCUAGAGCUGGAAGAGGUCUUAGGAUGAGACCUAACCAGAGCUGUGAUGUCAUUUCCAGGGUAGGACAUUCCCUCUGCCAAGGCAGAUAAUCAUUUUCUCUGAAAUAAUCCCAGAGGGCUGCCUGGAGGCAGAGGGAGAUAUAAACCAAAGUACUUGCAAAGUCAGAGGAUGAAGAUGGCUACCCAUUCAGGGGAAGGAGGCAGAAGCCCAGGGAUGAGGAGCUGUUGGAAGUUCUUCGGAGGACCGGAAGUAGGAAAGGGACUCUCCCCGUGGCCGCCCUCGGAUCUCGAGCUGGCUCCGCGGGGCCCCCGGCGGCGGUUUUUCCCGAUGGGUCGUUAGCAGCGCGGACAGCCGAGCGGAGCAGCCCCGCGGUGUGCCCUCCUCCAAAGGCGCCGUAGCAGGCAUGGCCCGUGGCCGGUCCCACAGGCACUCCAGGAGCCGCAGCCGCAGCGCCUCCCACGGGCCGCCAGAGCAGGGGGACAGGAGGAGGAGGAGGAGGAGGAGGAAGAGCAGUAAGGACAGGGGAAGGAGCCCCUCUGCCUCAGGCUCUCAGGGCCCAAGGAGCAGCCUGGCCUCCAAUGGGGAAGAGAGAAGCAGGGACAAAGCCCGGAAGAGAAGGCGGCCCAGGUCCUCCUCUUCUUCCUCCUCCACCUCUUCUUCCUCCUCUUCCUCUUCCUCGGGGGCCUCCAGUGGGGGCAGGAAAAAGCGAGGGAAGCGUAAGGACAAGAAGAGCUCAAAGAAGAAGGCAAAGAAGAAGCUGAAGAAGAAGAAGAAGAAGGAAAAGAAGAAGAAGGAGAAGGCGGCCAAGGCCAAGGUGGUAGAGGAGAUGCCGGGCCCCUCGCUGGACCAGUGGCGGAAAGAGCCCCUGGUGGAGAGUGGCCCAGUACUGACAGAUGAGCAGAAGUCCCGCAUCCAGGCCAUGAAGCCAAUGACCAAAGAGGAGUGGGAUGCCCGGCAGAGCGUCAUCCGCAAGGUGGUGGACCCUGAGACGGGUCGUACGAGACUCAUUAAGGGGGACGGUGAAGUUCUGGAAGAAAUUGUCACCAAAGAGAGACACAAGGCGAUUAACAAGCAAGCCACAAGAGGUGAUGGGCUGACCUUCCAGAUGCGAGCAGGUCUGUUGCAGUAAGACCCCCAGCCUCCUUCCUUCGACCUCCUGGUCCCCCAUGCCUGCCCCCAGACUGCUGUCUCCAUGGACUUGGGGGGCUCCCUGGGAGGGUAGCACUGGCUCCAGCUUGAAGAUGCCGGGCAUUACCACUGUCCUAUCCACUGCCUGAGGACAGCUGCCUAGGCCGAUGUGAGCAGGGGGUUUAUGAGCUCAGGGCCUGGCCCAAGCAAGAAAUGCAUGUUGAUGCCUGCCAAGAGUCCAGGAGAGCUGGACGGUGCCUGCAUUUUCACUGUCCUCCCUCCUGUAGGGAGUACCCCGGGGGCGGGGAGCUAGAGUCAUCUGAGCAGGCCUGGCUGUACUUGCCCCCAGACUUAGGCCCAGCUAAGAAGCAGCCACCAAGAAAGGCAGUGAGGCCUUGGAGGCUGGACUCCUAGAGUAGCUCAUUGGAGCUCUCUCAAAGGGGCGGGGGAAGGGGAGAGGCCCCCCCUUGGCUGCAUGAAUCCAACUCUGGUCCCUUCUGUUUCCACCUACGGGGUUCUGCUAACAAUAAAGCCCAAUCCAGCCUCA